CAACAGUGACAUCCAAUUACUUGUAAUGUUCUUUAAAAGAUUUAAGAGUAUCAAUUUCAUUUAGAUUGAGAAAUAGAAAAAAGUAACAGAAAAUUGAUGGAGAAUUCAUUUUGUUCAGAAUAUUGGCCUGAAAAUCAAGAUUCAGUUUAUUUACUGCCACAGGUUCCUUGUUAUUUCCCUCAAAUUCAAUGCUCUCAUGAAUCCUUCCAAGAGAGAAGAGAAAGUGCUUCUAGGAGCCAUAGUGAAGCUGAAAAAAGACGCAGAGACAGAAUUAAUGCUCAGCUUUCUACUCUCAGAAAACUCAUUCCUACUUCUGAAAAGAUGGAUAAGGCAGCUCUAUUAGGAAGUGUAGUUGAUCAUGUUAAGGAUCUCAAAGGAAAAACAGCAGAAAUCAGCAAAGUGUUAAACACUCCAACUGACACUGAUGAAGUAACAAUUGAGCAUUUAAAUGAGGAAGAAGAAAACAAAGGGUGCCUUCUUAAGGCCUCUUUUUGUUGCGAUGAUCGACCUGAAUUAUUCUCAGAGCUACAACGGGGGAUUAAGAAUCUGAAAUUAAGAGUGAUGGGGGCUGAUAUAACUAGUUUGGGUGGGAGAAUUAAAGGUGUUUUUAUGCUCUGUCCUAAUGAGAAUUCUGCAAAUGAUGUUUGCAUGAAUUCUCUCAAACGGUCACUCAGAGUUGUCCUCUCUAGAAUUGCUAUAUCCCCUUCUACAUCAAAUUACAGAAUUAAAAGCAAGAGGCAGAGGUUCUUCUUGCCUGCUCACUUUUCUUAAUUUCCUCUUUUUUUGUAAAAUAAUCACCAAUUAUUCAUGAAGUUUCACGGAAGACAGGACUAUAAAUCUGAUUCGAAGUUGAAAUUUUGUUUUGA